UUGGCUCUGGUCUAGGUUUCCAGUAAGUGGCAUGCGGGACUCCGGAGAGAUCCCCAAGAGCUGAGCUGGGAGCCUUUGUGUGCAGAGGGAGGAGGCGGCGGCCGCGACUGCCUGGCUGGAGACCUGGCCCGGGGCAGCAACAAUGCUAGCCUGCCUGGCCCGGGGGAACUUACUGGACGUCCUGCAGGAGGGCUUCAAUGAGCAACAGCUGCAGGCGUAUGUGGCCUGGGUGAAUGCACAGCUGAGGAAGAGGCCCGCGGUGAAGCCUGUGCAGGACCUGCGGCAGGAUCUCCGGGAUGGGGUGAUCCUGGCAUACCUCAUCGAGAUUGUUGCAGGAGAAAAGCUGAGUGGUGUACAAUUGAGUCCUAGUAACCAACAAGAGAUGAAAAGUAAUGUGGAGAAAGUGCUACAGUUUGUGGCCUCCAAAAAGAUUCGUAUGCACCAGACUUCCGCUAAAGAUAUCGUGGACGGAAACCUGAAGUCCAUCAUGAGGCUGGUCCUCGCUCUGGCAGCUCAUUUCAAACCUGGCGCUAGCAGGACAGUGAGCCAAGGGAGGGAUUCCAGAGCCCCUCUGCAGAGUCACCAACCACACUGUGCUACUGCCGUGGCCCAGGGAGCAGCUGCUGCUCUGGCCGAUGUGUGUCAUGACAUGUCCCGGUCGGGACGGGACGUCUUUCGAUACAGACAGAGGAACAGCAGCAUGGAUGAGGAGAUUGAGAACCCAUACUGGAGCGUGCGGGCGCUGGUACAGCAGUAUGAAGGGCAGCAGAGGUCCCCGUCUGAGUCCAGCUGCUCCAGCCUGACUUCACCCAGUCCUAUCCACAGUGCAAAGAGUGAAUCCGUUAUAACUCAGUCGGAAAAGGCAGAUUUUGUGAUUAUUCCCCCUGAAGGAAUAGAGAACAGAACAGAAGAAAGAGAUUCUCCAUUAUCCCGAGACUGGAGGCCAGGGAGUCCUGGAACCUAUCUGGAGACCUCAUGGGAAGAACAGCUGUUGGAACAACAAGAACAUUUAGAAAAGGAAAUGGAAGAAGCAAAGAAAAUGAUAUCAGGACUACAGGCCUUACUACUCAAUGGAUCCUUACCUGAAGAUGAACAGGAGAGGCCCUUGGCCCUCUGUGAACCAGGAGUCAACCCCGAGGAACAGCUGAUCAUAAUCCAAAGUCGACUGGAUCAGAGUAUGGAGGAAAAUCAGGACCUAAAGAAGGAGCUGCUGAAGUGCAAACAGGAAGCCAGAAACUUGCAGGGGAUCAAGGAUGCCUUGCAGCAGAGAUUGGCUCAGCAGGAUACGUCUGUUCUGCAGCUCAAACAAGAGCUACUGAGGGCAAACAUGGACAAAGAUGAGCUGCACAACCAGAAUGUGGAUCUGCAGAGGAAGCUAGAUGAGAGGAAUCGGCUCUUGGGAGAAUAUAAGAAAGAGCUAGGGCAGAAGGAUCGCCUCUUGCAGCAGCACCAGGCCAAGUUGGAAGAAGCACUCCGGAAACUCUCUGAUGCCAAUUACCAGCAGGUGGAUCUAGAACGGGAGCUAGAACACAAAGAUGUCCUUUUGGCUCAUUGUAUGAAGAGAGAGGCAGAUGAGGUGACCAACUACACUAGUCACAACUCUCAAAGCAAUGGUUUUCUCUUUCCGACGGCAGGAAAAGGAGCUGCUUCGAUCACCCACAGAGGGAGCACUGACCUGCAGCUUGUUCGCGAUGCUCUCCGCAGCCUGCGCAAUAGCUUCAGUGGCCACGAUCCUCAGCACCACACCAUUGACAGCUUGGAGCAGGGCAUCUCGAGCCUCAUGGAGCGCUUGCACGUCAUGGAGACACAGAAGAAGCAAGAAAGAAAGGUUCGAGGCAAGUCCCUCAGAACUCAAGUAGAUAGUGAAUACCAGGAGUCCUGGCCCCCUCAUUCAAAGUUGCCUCAUUCACAGAGCUCUCCAGCUGUCAGCAGCACCUGCACUAAAGUGCUCUAUUUCACUGACCGGUCACUUACACCCUUCAUGGUCAAUAUACCAAAGAGGUUGGGGGAAGUGACACUGAAGGAUUUUAAAGCAGCUAUUGAUCGGGAGGGGAAUCACCGGUAUCACUUCAAAGCAUUGGAUCCUGAGUUUGGCACUGUCAAAGAGGAGGUCUUCCAUGAUGAUGAUGCCAUCCCUGGAUGGGAAGGGAAAAUUGUAGCCUGGGUGGAAGAGGACCAUGGAGAGAAUUAACACAGAGUAUUUGAUUGGAACCUGGUUACUCCCUGGCUGCUUCACUCAGGAAGGGGACUGAAACCAGAACACACUGAGAAGUUUCUAGUCUGUGGGGCCAAAACAGAAGCUUCUCCAAGUGUGAUGGCCACAGGCCAGUCCUGUUUCUGUGCCUGGUUUAUCUGGUACUUAAAAUCCUUGUCCAAAUGUUACACCGUGGGUUCAUCUGGAGUUCCUUGUCCGUGGGAACACAGUGUUUUGUUCUACUCUGAGGACAACAAACCGAAGGCCUUAACCAAUGGGAUGGAUGAUCCCGCUCCUAUAGGGGCAUGGCUGCUAUUAUCUGGAACCUGAGAAUUGGAUACAUCACUCCUGUGUGUUACAGUAUUAUUUUAUUUGGCCUCAGUAGUUGCAGCAAUCAGAGUCCCAGCAUUUGUACUUACAGACAAGGCAAAGGUACCAGCGUUUCUGCUACUUUGCAGCUAUUGCAAACCAAGAAUAAAUCAAGAAGUGGUACCAAAGAUGAAAGCCCACUCUUCGGUAAUAUUUUGGACCGUGUAUGGAUGGUGCUGAAUUGUUUAUUGAUGGAUAAAGGGCUGCCCAUCUUGUGCUACACUAUGCUACAACCAUAAUUAAAUAAGACCUUGGGCUGCCUCUUCUGGUCUUAACUGAUUCUGCAGCUUGUUUUUGGCCCACACAGGGCAUAUUUCAUGUACUGCUAGUUAUCUCUAGGGACUCUUUAACUUUAGAGCCAUUUAUUUUUAUUCAAACUGAUAAACUUUGUUGUUUGAAAGGAAUAAGGAGUGAAUGGCUCCUUAACAUCCAGGCGGGUAUGGAAAGGUGCUGCUACCCAUAUCGUCUUGACUUUGUCUCAUGACUUUUCUUUAGUUCAUGGCAUCUCCUUUACAGCUAAAAGGAGAGAGACCAUUAAUUUCAGUAUUUCUUUGUAAUUUAUGAAAACUGAGCAUGAAUUACUGGUCUGUUUCUCCUCUUUCAAGGCUGGAUUUAUUUUCCAUUAUGUAUUUAGGCUGAUUUUUUUUAGGGCACAAUAGAAAUUGUGGGGCAUGGAGCAUGAGUUGUGAAUGGCAGGGUUGAUUCUAGGUAACAAAGCCUAGAAUAAUUUCUCAUGUGCAACACUGUCAAGUGUAAAAGCUAUGUGUUCAACUUUCAGAGAUCACAAAUAACCUGGGUUUUCUCAUUCAUUCACCAAGCACCAUCAACUAAUCAGCCAUUAUUAUUUAUAUAUAUUACCCAUAGCAGUCUAUUUGUGAUUACCAAUGUACACUGCCAAACAGAAAGAGUAGGACAGAUAAGUUCUGGAUUCUUGACCUGUCUCCAGUUCAUCGCCCCUCUUUAGCCAUUUCAACAGACUACUCUUUGGAGCUCUGAGAUGAUAUCUUGUUGUCUUUUAAAAUGUGUCUUUUAAAAAUAAUUCAUGUUUGGAGAAUUCUUUUGUACUCAUUUGUUUUUUGUCUGAGAACCAUGUCUAUUUUUAUAACCCAAGUGUGAGUUGUUUAUAUUCUCACAUUCAAUUGUAUACUGUAUCCAUUUUCUAGAGAACCCAGUAGCUUUUAUACAGUCUCUUCUUACCACCCCUUGUGGCUUCAGAACAAGAUUUAUUUUGUUACAACUAUAUUAAUGACAAUUCCUGUUCCAAUUCUACCUGCCAUUUUAGUUGUGGAAGGAGUUUGAUGUAAUUCAGUUGAUUGCUCCUCAGCAGACAGAAGGAGCUCAAAAGACACCUGCUGUCUUUCAUAUGUUUACUGGUCUUCUACUAAGAAUGAUUUUUUUUUUUUUUGUUAGAAAUGCCUGGGAGAGUUUGGGAAAUUCAGCCAAAAACAAGAAUAAUUUGUUCUGAAGGCAAAUGAGAAAAUAUUACAUUUUUUUUUCCCCAGGAGAUCUGGAGAAAAAGUCCUCACAUCACCAAUUUCUUUGUUGCAUGAAUUUUAGUGUUUGCUAUAUAUAGCAUGAGGGUUAGCAGGCCAAAAUUCAUUAUUGUAUUUCCAGUAGUUUAUCUUGAAUGUCUAUCAGUUUUUACUUGUCACUUUUCUUUCAGCAAAGUCUUAACCAUUAUGUGUAAUUUAACUUUUGAGAGAAAAUUAAAUCAGAAAAAUAUAUUUCAAAGUCCUCUACCAUACCUGUCUUCCAUCUAUCUUUUGGAAAAGGAGCUGUAAUGAUGUUGUGCCACCUUAAAAAGCUGAAAUUGAGUUCAGGGGAGAAUAUGAGAUGUUUUUUCCCUUUAGCUCAUUAGUCUCAUGUGCCAGAGGUAAUAACUAAACACCCCUGCAAAAUGAGGUCACUCCAGUAACUCUUGUACAAAAUGUGUUAGUGAUCCUUAUUCCAGGCCCUCAAAUGAGGAACCUUCUGAGCAGAACAAUCUGUUGAUUCAUUCUGUUCUGAAAGGUUUCCUGUUCAAUUGCACUUCUGAUUCAUUCACAGUUGUCAUCUCCUAGUGACAUGGGAGUGGGAUGGUCCAUCCUGCUAUUGCUGGUGUUCUCUUUCCUUGAGAAAACCUAGGAACUAGCAUGUUUAGAGUUCAUAAAAUAAUCUCUGAACCAUAUUGGAGCUGUUUUAAAAAAUGACUUAAAAGCUAGAGUUCAGUUCCUUAAAAAGUCUUCAACACUGAAGACUGUUCUCUUAAUGCUCAGUUCUCUAAAUUCAUUGGAAUUGGAACACUGCGUUUUGUGUCUGAAGAACUUGAGUUGACACACUCAGUGAUGGCCAAAAUGAUUUACUAGCUCUGCAGCUUUUUCUGACCAGGUCAGUUAUAAAUUAGGAAAAUAUCUUUAUGUUCUACAUCCAAUCCAAGAGGACUCUAUUUAAAAGCAUUUAGGUCAUAAUUAAAAUUAUUUUCAUUUUGUUUCCAUAAAGUAAGCAUUAUGAUUGCAUACUGUAUUGUCUGAUUUAUGUAAGAGAUAUAGCUUGCUUAAAAUCCAUAUAUAUGUAAAGUUAUAUUUUCUUAGAAACAUAGAUGUUUGCAGCCAUUGUUUUCAAAGAGAUUAUUGCUGUGUAUUGUUUUACAAUGUUCUCAUGAAGAAUAUGUUAUACCAGAGGCUUCUGAUUAUCAAAAUGAUUGAUAACCAGUUUUAACUGCCCAUGUGUACCAAUUUAUGAACUAAUGAAAAAAUACAAAUGGAAUAAAAUGGAGUUUGCAAACUAAA